AUGGCUAUUAGGGAUAUUUUCUUCUCGAGAGGCAAUGACUUCAUUCGCGUCCAACUGGCUGGUCACCCCGGCGAGACCACACUUAUGAAUGCGCCCGACGCGUAUCAGUCCCACGACCUCGUUCCCGACAACAUCCCUCGCCCCAAAGACUACGUGGCUGCGCGCUUCGCCCUCCACAUGGCUUUCUACAACCCGAGUUGGAAAACCUCUUCAGUCCACUGCCCCAUCUUCUUCGCAAUUUGUGGUAAGGACUCGGUAGCGCCUCCUAGACCAACUCUCAAUUAUGCAAAGGCGGCUCCCAAAGCAACCGUCAAGCUUUACGAACAGAUGGGUCACUUUGAUAUCUACCUCGGGGAGCACUUUGACAUUGCCACGGGAGACUACACCGAGCGACAAAACUUGUAA